GACGAAGAAGAGAAAGGAGGCGGAUGUGACGUCGUGAUGUUUGCUGUGCACAGUUGGUUUACAAACAAGUGAGAGCUAGCGAAGAGACGUUAAUACAAUAUCUCUUUGUUUUCACGUGUUUAUCGGCAGACUUUGGUCGUAGCUGUCGUGUUUCUAUGGGUGCUCACGGGGUUUUGGGGAACGAGCCCGAGUCCAUUGACUACUCGGUGCACGAAGCCUGGAACGAGGCCACUAAUGUCUACCUGCUGGUUAUCCUGGUCAGCUUCGGUCUGCUGAUGUACGCCAGAAAAAACAAGAGGAAGAUCAUGCGUAUCUUCACUCUGCCCCCAACCGUCGGCAGCAGCCCGGAGCCCAACUUCUACGACAGCCUGCAGAAGGUCCGCCUGCGACAGCAGCUGGAGAUGUACUCUCUGGCCAGAAAAUAUGAGCAGCAGCAACAACAACAACAAGGCCAGACAGACAGUGUGCAGCUCUCCAUGGAAUGAGAGCAGGUGGGCACUCGUCACUGUGUGUCAGAGAAACACUCCUGCGUCUUCAAGCCAUCUGUACAUGGAUAGGAAAGGACUUGAAUGACUUGAAUGUCGUGAUCAGAGAUUGUGAUUGGUCCUAUCCUGGCUGUUUCCUGUUUGGCUUCUUGAACAAGCCUUGUCUCCAUUCGCCUUCUGUUGUCUCUUUUUUAUGUGAACACAUGGAGCAGAUACAGUUGGAGGGAUGAAUAAAAGCCAGGAGCUCUUCACAGAGCGUGGCAUUAUGCAGAUCUGCUGUAGCAUACAGAGUAAUGACACUAACAUAGUGUGAGGAGUGAUAAACCUGUAACUGCAGCAGAUGUCACUGAGGUAUUUUCAGUAUGGCAGGAGAAAAAAUCCUUCAGAUUUAACAUAAGUUCUAGAUUUUUUUUUACUUGUUAGUCGUAAUAUAUAUUUUUUGUGUCAAGUGGUAAAAUUAAAAUUGUCAAAUGUGAAAAUAAAGACAUGUAAACAUUGAA